GCAAGCAAACAACGUAACGCAAAGCAAAGCAGCACCGAAAGGAAAGGGAAGGAAACGGGAAGAAGAAGGGGAGAGCAUCAAUCAGCAUCGGGACCCGCAGCCAGCAGCAGAUCAGUAGUGCAUUCAUAUUUCUGUUUGAUUUGAUGCCCCUCCCCCCUACUCACUCCCUCCCUCCCUUCACCGGCAUUCAGAUAGAUAGAUGCCCACAGCGAGAGAGAGAGUGGCGCACCUCCUCCGCCGUCAAGAUGCAGGGAUAGUGUUGCAGUUGCUUGCCAAGAGGUAGCUGUGCAUCGUGGAGCUGUAGCAUAAUUCGCAGUGAUUGGCAAAUCUCCAAUGUGGUGGGACCAACAGGGGGCUCAAUCCCACUACAAGGAUUCAAUGUGUUUUCGUUAAUGGCCUCAGUCAAAUGGAUUUGGUGGAUUUCAAGCACAGAGACUCAGAUUCCCAGAGCUUGAUCACUAUCUGCAAUUAUAUUUAAUUCAUACUCGCAUCACCUUGACUAUACAAUUUAGGAGAUUGGUCAGAAGAUUUGAGUCCUUCGUGUACACACAUACUGGGACACAAUGGUGAGCAACGGUAUUGACGCCCGGCUCUCACACCUUGAUGAUCCCGAUUCUCCAGAUGCCGAAGUAAUUGGAGGAAAGAAAAAACGAGGUGGAAGGGCAGGUGGAGGAGAGAAGGGUGGAAAAGGUCUUCGGCACUUCAGCAUGAAAGUAUGCGAAAAAGUGGAAAGCAAGGGGCGGACCACUUACAAUGAGGUGGCAGAUGAGUUAGUUGCCGAGUUUACUAAUCCAGACAGCCCUCACGUCUCCCCUGAUCAGCAACAAUAUGAUGAGAAGAACAUUCGGCGGCGUGUUUAUGAUGCCCUUAAUGUCCUCAUGGCUGUGGGUAUAAUUUUGAAGGACAAAAAAGACAUUCAGUGGAAGGGGUUUCCGUCUGCCAGCCUUGACGAUGUUGCAGAUCUGAAGGCUGAAAGCAUGCGGAUCAGAGGAAGAAUCGAGCGUAAAUCUGCCUAUCUACAUGAAUUACAGUCUCAGAUGACUGGCUUGCGUAACCUGGUUUCUCGCAAUGAGCGACUUUCUCAGGGAAACAACUCAGUUCCGCAUGUGGCACUUCCAUUUAUUCUUGUGCAAACUCGACCGCAGGCUACUGUGGAAGUAGAAAUUUCUGAGGACAUGCAAGUUGUGCAUUUCGAUUUCAACAGUACACCAUUUGAGCUUCAUGACGAUGCAUAUGUCCUCAAGGCAAUGAACUUGCAAGAACAGCCGGAUAGUAAUUGCCCAGAUGGGUUGGAUCAUGCCGACUUCGAUGAUGGGCUCGGCAAUUUUGGAGAGGAUUCCCCGCCGCUCUCUGGCGUAUUUCAGCGUUCAAUGUAUCCUGCUCAUCCCAGCUCCCCUUAUUAUGCCUCUAUGUCCAGUGCUGGUAAAAAUUCGUCUUGGCCUCCCGUCCCAGGUAUUCUAAAAUCCAAGGUGAAGCAUGAGAAUGCCUCAUAGUGGUAUUCAUGUUGAGAAGUGGUGGUUUGAAAACAAAUAGGUACACCUGUAGAAAGGACCUCUUAGAACUUGAUUAGUACUCUGGCCACAAAGCCUGACUUUUCGUUUUAAUGUAUUGCACCACUAACCAUUGAUAUUUAUUUGAGCAUAGAGUAAGAUUUGCCUCAGCUAACCCCCUGCAAAGGAGCUGUACAAUACAUGAAUAAUAGAAUGAUUCUUUUGCGAAAGUAA